AUGAACAUCACCGUUUCAUUUUAUCAUGUCCUUCGACAUUCAUCUAGUUCAUCAUCCUCACAUCAUGAUAACAGUAAUGGGCAAAUUACUGAAAUCGUUUAUGAGAAACAUGCAUUGGGAAAUGAACCUAUACCUCGACGUCAUGAUGUAGAGAGCAAAAUGGUUUAUUUCAGGGAAAAUGAAAAUUUACUACAGGCCAAAAUAAAUGACAUUAUUCGGAAUAAACCUAGUAGGCUUAAAGCGAUCCAAAAAUACGUGAAGUGUAAAAGUGAACAACAACAUGAAGAAUCCUUCAGUUUAUUUCUCAAAGAAAUGAAUAAACAGUUUGAAAAUGAGGAUCUAAUGUCAUUUCCUGAUUAUUUAACUCUGAAGGACUGCUUCAUAAAACAAGAAAAUAUUUUAGAAAGACAGAAGUCUAAUAGCGAAAAUGAGGUUUGCAAACCACGUAGAACAUUCUCUGAACAAGUUAACUACGAAUUCGCUUCCAAAAAUUAUCAGCACACACUAAGUUUAUUACAAAGAGUAAUUCAAAUUCACUUCCGUUUUUAG